GGAAGUUUAACUUUACAGAUUAUGUGCACUUUGGAAAAGGCUCUGGAACUUCACUGAAACUUUUCUGAAAGGCGGCUCUUCAGGUCAGGGCAGUCAGCAGACGCCUCUUUGCCUCUCGAAGCAAACGACAUCCGUAAGGAUCUGAACACCAGGAUGAAGAAGAAGUUGAUCCUCGAUGUGGACACUGGAGUGGACGAUGCUCAGGCCAUCAUGAUGGCCCUCGCAGCUCCCAAUGUGGAGAUUUUAGGGAUCACCUGCACCCAUGGCAACACACCUCUGGAGAACGUCCUCAAGAACACUCUGCGUGUCCUGAAAGUCUGCAACAGGCUGGACAUCCCAGUGUACCGCGGCUGUUCGGAGCCCCUGAUGGCACGUAAACGCCACGCUGGAGAUUUCCACGGGAAGGACGGGCUGGGAGACGUUCCGGAUCCAGAUGCUCCAGGCCUGGAGCUGCUGCAGAAGGAAACAGCUGUGCAGGCCAUCAGCAACAUUGUGAAAGAGAACCCUGGAGAGGUAACUCUAGUGGCCACAGCCCCCCUCACUAACCUGGCUGUCGCAGUACAACUGGACCCUUCCAUCCCUAAGAAUCUGAAGGCCCUAUACAUCAUGGGAGGAAACAUUGAAUCCAGGGGUAACACCACGGUGUGUGGGGAGUUUAACUUCGUGGCUGACUCUGAGGCUGCCUACAUCGUGUUGGACCGCUACACCUGCCCCACCUACAUCGCCUCCUGGGAGUUCAGCUGCAGGAACAGCCUGCCGUGGUCUUUCUGUGACAUGUGGCUGGCCCAGGACACCGAAAAGGCUCGUUUCAUGGAAAAGAUUUCCCGCCACACCAGGGAGAUGGUCCAGACCGAUCGGUACCAGAAGGAACUAGUAGAUGGACCUGGGUUCAACACCUGCGACACCUACGCAGCGGCUGCAGCCAUCGAAGGCAGCCUGGUGACGGAAAGCGAAAAGGUUGCAGUGACAGUGGAGCUGGAGGGGACCUACACCCGAGGCAUGAUGGUGCUGGACUACAUGGAUCUGCUGAAGAAGACGCACAAGGUCACCAUCAUGAAGAAAGUUGACUUGGAGAAGUUUAAAACACUGUUGUGGAAUGCGCUCAAAUAAAAAAGAAAGAAAUUUUGGAGAAUCCAAAAAAACCCACCUAUCUGACACAGAAUAUAUUUUCCCAUCACAAUGUCAAUAAAUGAUUCCACAUUCAUUCCAUGGUAAUAAGCUGAAUAAAAUGACGUCUUUAACACA